UAUAAUGGAAUCUUUCAAAAGAAAAAUGAUUAAAGAAGUGAAGGAGGACUUCUUGGUAACGAACGAGAACGUUUCCAUCAUGCAAGCUGAGGACUAUCUCUACAGGAAUUUCUCUGCAAAUCACUCUUUCAGUUCAAUUGAUCCAAAGGAAUGGUUUGAAAAUAUGAUAAGGCAUUUUGAGGAGAUUCGGGCUCAUGCAACUGGUGAUGAGAUCAGAGCCAGAACAACUCAGGAUAAGACCAAUAAAGCAAAAUAUGCUUUUAAUAAACUCUUAAGCCACUACCAGAAGAGCAAAUUCCACUCAAAAAAGAGCCGUAAAAGAGGUGGCUCAGCUGACAGGGAGAUUCAUCGCAACUUUCCGAAGAUCUUUGGGACUCCAAACAAAUUCAAAUUUUAUAAUCCUCUGGCAGAGCAGAAAGCUUAUACCAAUCACAUGCACAGACUGCGUCGAGCCCAUCAGAUCGAACUUAGAAAUGUGAAGAUGAAGUUUAUCUGCCUCAUUGAUGAGAUUGUUGAUAAGAAGUUGUCAGCCAUUCAGCAAGCAAUAGAUUCUGAAUUCUCUAAAUUUAUGUUUGAAAAUCAUGUAAAUAAGAACAAAAUCCGCCUCCUGAGCAAAGAACUGGACAAGCUCAGGAAGGUAAUUAGUAAUUAUGAGGUGAUGAUUACGCAUAAGACCAUCCAGGACCUGCAGCCCUCUCGUCUAAGUUUAGAAAUGGAGGCAGCACAAAUGAUAAAGCAAGCUACUCAUAAAAGAAAAAGUAGCUCCAAAUGCUCCAGAUGUUACAGGGAUUCAGUCGUUGUUAUUAAGCCAGAACAGAAGAGCCUUGUGAAGAGGAAUUCACGCUUUAAAGGUGUUGAGAAGGAUUUCAGUUUAAACGAGUUUAAGAAAGGUUUCAAUACCUUCAUGGAACUUAUGAGCUCAAAACUCAAGGAGCUUAACCAACAAAAAGUUACUUCAAGCCAAGAAUGACAAGCAAUUGAUUACGAAGCCAUUCAGAAAGAGAAGGAGUGGAAAGAGCUCAAGCAAAAACUGGAAAAUAAGAUCAUUACUUUAAAGGAAGGUCUCAAAAGUCAAACUGAAUCUUUUGCUAAGAAAUACCAAGAGCAAGCUCAGAUUCAUGAUUCAAAAGAGAAGAACUAUUUAGCACGGAUUAAGCAUUUUGAGAAAAAGUCAGAGAAGUUAUAUCAAGAAAUUAUUCAAGUUAAGAAAAUUUUAAGAUCCCCAUAUCUAUAUUCCAAAUAUCGAAAGGCUAAAUUUGACGAAUUCCCUGACUUGAAUAUUGCUAAAUUUAAGCCUGUAAAAACUAAUAAAAAGCGGAAGAAGGAAUUGAACAUGUCUUUGAGCAUGGAAAAGGUGGAUAGCUUAGAUGAGAACUCACAAUUUGAGAACAUGUCUUGCCGCACUGCAGAUCGGCUGAAUAGGGUCUGAGAGAUUGGAUCUAGGAGAAGAUUGAGGGCUUCUAUGCAAAGACCCAGAUCAAAACGCAUCCGGCUGAGAAAUCUUGACUUCAAUAUCGCUGAUAUUAAUAUUAAGAGAAGCAGGAAGCAAAUGGAGAUACUAAGAAAAGACAAUGUGUUUCAAAAGGUUCGACUCAACAAAAACAAGCAGAAUAAAAGACUAACCCAGAGUCAGAGUAAUAACAGCAAGAGCCAAAGUAUGAAGAGGAGAUUAAGACCUACUACCAUGAGGCUCAGGAGAAAAAUUGGUCCAGAUAAGUACUCUAGUCUUCCUGAUACUAUUCGAACUGAAGGAGAUCUCAGUGAGGGUCGCAAGAGAACGAUUGUUUUUAAGAACUAUCACCCUACUUGUAAAGGAAAAGAAGAUCCUGGAACUACCUCAGAAAAUGAGAUUGUCCACACCAACCUAGUUAUCAUGGCAAAAGGGAAGAGGGGUAAGAGUAGGAAAGGAACUGCUCCUGCAAAGAAGCCCUCCAAGUCUAGACGCUACAAGGAAGGAGCUACAGUAUAUGGAGCUCCCAGUAAAACUGGUAGACAUGAGAGAAACUCACCCCAGAAGUUGACAAAAUCCCUUUCAUUUUUCCAAGUGGGGGAUACAAAUUUCUUUGCUUCUAAGAAGAGCAAGAAAUAUGCCAAACUCAAACAGCUUUGUAAGAAUAGAUUAAGAAGUCAGUCAGAGUGAUCAUAUUCUCAGAAUCGUAAUUCUGAUGAGAACCAGAGGUUGUAUAACAACCAUGAUGUGUAUAAGUAGUCUGUAUUAUUUCAAUUUAGAGUAUAAAA